ACACAGCAAACAAAAGGAACUGGAGUCAAUACAUCAGUCAUCUAGUGCAUGCAUAUAAUUGCACAAAAAAUGAUGCCACAGGACAUUCUCCCUACUUUUUAAUGUUUGGACGUGAAGCAAGACUUCCAGUUGACAUUUGUUUUGGCACAGUUGUGGAUGGGACAAGUGAAGUGUCACAUCUUAAGUAUGUCAAACAGAUGAGACAAGAUCUGCAACAGGCUUACAAACUAGCAAUGGAAGCCGCAACCAAAAAUCACAUGAGAAACAAGUCUCGUUAUGAUCAACAUGUCCGAGAUCAACCAUUGGCAGAGGGUGACAGAGUGUUGUUAAGAAACCUUGGCCUGAAGGGGAAACACAAACUUCAAGAUCGUUGGAGAUCUACUCCCUAUGUGGUAGUGAAGAAGUUGCCCAAUCUACCUGUUUAUCAAGUGAAGCCAGAACAAGGCUCUGGAGUCAUUAAAACCCUCCAUAGAGAUCAUCUCUUGCCAAUUGGUUACCUGGUCAGAAUGCCACAUUCAGUGGAAAACGAGAAAAAAGUCACAAAACCAGCAGUCACAAGGCUGCAGAGUGUAAGGAAAACCCCCAAACAGUCUUCGUUGUCUGAGCAAGUAACCAGCGACUCUGCUUCAUCAGACUUGGAAUUUGAAGGUGUGCGUGAGUACUCAUCCUUGGAUAUGGAUGAGGUGAAACAACAGCUUUUGCACACCCACCAUCUGGAGAAACCAUACCCAAGUUCUGUUGAUGAGAGUUCACAGGUGUCAGACAGUGAGCAAAGUGAAACUGACCCAGUUAGACAAAGAGAGGAGUUGUCGGAUGACACUAGCUCUCAAGAAUCGGAAGAUGAAGAGUUGCAGUCCCAGCCUACAGAAACUGAGAUGACGCAGGAAUCUCCUUCUGUUUCGAAAAGAGCUGUGAAAUGCAAAGAGACACCAGUAGUUAGGAAAUCUCAGCGCGAAGUUAAGCCAGUCAUACGCUUGACUUAUGAUGAACCUGGACAUCCUACUGAGGAACCUGUAACCAUUGUGCAUCAUGGGAUGGUUAUUCAGUUGAACCUUGGUUCACAGGGCGAAGGUAUUAAUCCAUUCAGAGAGUCUACACCUUUCAAGAGAUCAUCAAAACAAGAAAGGAAACCCUUAACUACCUCAGGCAGAAGAGCCAGGGUUAGAUGAGGACAUCUACCUUUUUAGAAGAGGGAGGGUGUAGCCCAGUCCAUAAUGAUUAUGGGCAUGAGUAAAUAGUUUUAAAAUGUUCAAAUAACUAAUAGUUCAUGUACAGUUUUUAUAAAGUUCACAAGUGAGUUGUGUUAAAACAAUAGUGGACCAAAUCAUUUUGUUUGUUAAUAAAGUAGUAUGUCACUUUAAUUAGUUUCACUGCACUUUCACGCAUUUUGUGUUGUGUACAACCUAUCCUCACUGAGCAUCAGAAUGUCAGUCUUGACUUGUGUUUAUUUGUAUUGGUUGUUUGUGACCUAUGUAACCAAUCAAGGGAUUGUGGGGGCGGGAUGUGAGGUUGACCUAGUAGAGGGCAGGUGCGCGAGAGGUACAGAGAUGCCACAGACGUACAUCAAACGUGUGUGUUGACCGCUGAUCGUAUCGGAGUAUAAGUGCCUUUCAUCGUGGUGAAUGCAGAGUUUGCCAUUCUGUGUUAAGGACUUUGAAACAUCCGAAGGACCAGGAGACUAUCCUUGGACUUUUUUUUCCCCCUUGCUACGUGACGGAGCAUAGAAGUAUCCAGGAGUCGCCAUCUUGCUUGGAUUUUGUGUCGGAGACCGAAGCCGUUGCCGGAUGCCCUCGUUGCCCUCACGAAUGAUUCCCUAAAGGUUACCAGCGACUAAUAUUAACCAGGUUGCUGACUGACUGACUGCUCGAGGUUGUGAGUACUCAAAUUGCACGUGCUUAUUAUUUUAUUGUUUUGUUCUGCUUGCUUUGCAAGCGAAAGGGUCAUAAAGUUUCUGACCACACCGCACCCCAGCGUCGACACAGGCCUGCACCGUUUGUUUUAUUUUAUUUUAAAGGACUGAUAUUGAGUUGCAGCUUGAGUGUGUGAGUGUGUGUGUGAGCUGCAGGACUAUUGUUUUCACAAGUAAUUUGAUUUAUUUACAGGUGUUUUGAAGAGACCCUAAUUGAAGUAAUUAUUUUGUACUCUUAUUGUGUUUAGUUGAAGUUGCAAAUAUUAAUUUUGAUUACUAAAUUCUAUAUUUUUGAGGUUAAGAAUCCUGUGUGUGUUAUUUCUUUCGUGUAAGGAUUUUCCCCUGUUUAUUAAAUUUGAACCAGAGAAACGUGUUUCAACACUGGAUGAUAACAAUUCUUAGUAGGAUUAAAGGCCAAAGGGUUGUAUUCUGCUAAGUGGAGGCACCAAUCACCAAAUUUCUUAUCAAUACAGGUUAGUACGGAAGCCAAUAAAUUAAAGAACCCAGGGCCCCGCCCAUAGUACUACAAUACCCCUGUCUUUAAAUGAUGUUUACCUAUUAGCUACAUGGGU